AUGUCUGUAGCCGAAUCUCUCCGAGAGUUUGUGACCGAGCGGCUCGCUGCUGCUACUGAAGACAUUUUGGGAGUUUUGAACAGAACUGUGGUCCAGUACGAGGAAGAGCUGGACCGUCAACGCAGACUGCUGGAUUUGGUUUGGAAACCUCACAUUCUCUUACACAGAAUCGGUAAGAAGAGCCAAGUUUAGACUGAAUAAUGAAGCAGAAGCUCGGUUUAGAUCAGGGCUGCCUCUCCUCUCGGUUUCCAUGUAUAAAUACUGUGAAUAAAGGCGGAGGAACAACCCUGUAUGAGUUCAACAAUAACUGUGCUGUGUUAAUGUGGUGCUAUUGUGUCAGUGGUUCUUAAUCUGCCGUUAACGAUCAGAGGAAGAUCAAGGAGUCCGGGGGACGCUCUCGGACGUUGACCCCGUCCUCUUUUGUUUCCGCGAGCUGUUAUAAUGACCCGGUACCAAAACUCAUCAUGUGGACAGAAAACAGGGGAAAGAAGGGGAAACCUAAGAAUGACAGACAUGUGUGUUGUUGGAAAAAAGGUGUUUUACUGUCACCUUACGGGUUAGUUUUACGUCCAACUUAUUUGACUCCUACAGGAAGGCCUAAAGUGACUCCUGUUCACAAAGCUGAGCCCUUUGAGUUCAUCACAUACCCCCCUGGGUGUCUUUUGUUUGUAUAGAUAUAAACCAGUUUGGCCUCUGUGAGCUCUAUUAAUGGAUACUAUGUUAACUAAUUGCCAUUUUGAUUCUCCUGCAGUACAAAAUGUUAAAAAGUGCCUGAUGAUUGUGCUUCCAAGAUGACGACAAAGUACCUUUUGAUUGAUUCUGACUUUAGUUUUGUGAUCUCAGACAAAAGUAGAUGUCCAGUGCACAGCACCAACAGUCCUUUUCACUUAGUGCAGAGGAAGGCAGGAUAAACAGCUUCACCUCACAAAUGAGGACUGCUGUAUUCUCAUAAUGUAACAUUAUUUUUUAAUACAUUUUAUAAUCUUGAUUUUACUCGUUCUCUUUAUGUUACAACUUAUCUUCCUACUCUUUUCUUCAUCGUAUUAAAACUUAUUUUACAUUGUGUUGCUAAUUUUAUGUCAUUUAUCAUUCCAGAGUCAAUCAUAAUUGUACCUCAAUUCUUCAACAUUUUAACUGAAUUGUGUUUAAUAUUACAGCUCUGUCCUUAAAAUAUUACAUCCUUCUCGUGAUUCCAAUUCUCUGUUUUCUGUUCCAUCUCAUUGACAUAUUUAUGCUUCUGUGUUCCUGCAGAUCUUCCACAACAACAUGACUGUGAGGAGGAGGACGAGGUUGUCUCAGACCUGCAGCCCUGGAACCAGGAGAGGAACUCCAGCCCGGAACAAGAGGACCCAGAGCCUCAACAGAUUAAAGAGGAAGAGGAGGAAUUCUGCACCGGUCAGGACAGAGAGCAGCUUGAACCAAAGCAGGAGACUGAACACUUGAUGUUAACUCUAACCUGUCAGGAAAGUGAGAACACUGAACCAGAAGUAAAGAAGGAAGACCAGUUCCUUUCUCACAACUCUCAUGAGGCUGCAAACCAAGAUCCACAGAAAGACAAGCUCACAGAGUCAGAAUCAACUUCAAAAUCAGAACAACAACCCCCCAAAAAAGUUCACAAAAGAAAAAGUAAGAAGACAAAACAGCCUAAGGUUCACUCUGAUCCGCAACAAGGUGAAAAGACUUCUAAAUGUGACACAAGUAGGGAAACUUUAACCAGCAAUUCAAAUUCACAGACACAUGUAAGUGUUUUCACUGGUAAGAAGAAGCAUACUUGUGAGUGGUGUGGGGAGAUAUUUAGAUACAAGUAUUUGCUAAAAAAACAUGCAAAUUCGCACACAGGUGAGAAACCGUACUUCUGUUGCACUUGUGGGAAAAGCUUCAGAACGAAUUCCUAUUUUAAAAAGCACAUGCUAAUUCACUCUGGAGAAAAGCUGAUCACCUGCAAAACAUGCAACAAAUCUUGUGUCAGUGCAAGUAGCCUGAGAAUACACAUGAGAAAACACACAGGUGAGAGACCAUACUCCUGUGCCACGUGUGGGAAUCGCUUCACUUCGAGUUCCAAUUUAAAAAUGCACAUGCUUAUUCACUCAGGAGAAAAACUGUUCACCUGUGAAACAUGCAGCAAAUCUUUUUACAGUAUACAUAAACUGAAAGCGCACAUGAGAACGCACACAGAUGAGAAACCGUACUCCUGUGGCACCUGUCAGAAAAGCUUUCGUCAGACUUCAAAUUUAAAAACACACAUGCUAACUCACUCAGAAGAAAAGUUGUUCAGCUGUAAAAUGUGCAGCAAAUCUUUUAACAGGAAGGAUCAACUAAAACUGCACAUGAGAACACACACAGGUGAGAAACCGUACACAUGUUGCACUUGUGGGUCGAGCUAUUCUUUGAGAUCAAGUUUGAAAAUCCACAUGCUUAGUCACGUCAAAGAUAAGCUGCGUAACUUGCAACAAAUCGUCUAUCAGUACAAUUUACCUGAGAAUGUACAUGACAGCGCACACUGA